UAGUUUUCACCCAGCAUUCAAGGGAACUGAUUCCUAGUACACGGUACUGUUUGCAUGUUUAGGAGCUACAUAACUAUAUAUAUAGUUAUAUCAGUAAAAACCGAAGUACAAACAGUUAAAAUGUAUAAGGGGUUUGGCUAAGGCAUAUGGUGUAAUUAGAAUUGUUUUCAAUCAACACUGACAGCAUGAGUACGAUUCUAGCCUGAAUCAUGGAGAUAAAAACUUCAAAUUGAAUUGCUUAUCACUAGCAAUUUGUGUGGAGCUUUCUGCAAUAUAAUAUUGUAUAGUUCCAAUUUUUUUGUUAGUCCCAAAAAUUUCGUGAAGCAUAGAUUUUUGAAGAAUUUGAUGAAAUUUUGACCAGCAAAAAUUUGGAGCUAUAUACAUUAUAAUAGUUGCUUGCUUUUAUUUGUAUAUUUCCUUUUUUGUAUAUUUUUAGUUAAAUCCGGACACAGUAUGGCUUCGUGAAGAAUUAGGCCCUAACACUUACUUUCCUGAUCCUGUUACAGGGCAGUUUCAGUUUUCAUCAGAAGUACCAAGUGGUGCGAUCUUCUUAGUCGAAGGAUCUAAUCAUUCCAAUGCAACAGCUAUUCCCUCUGACUCGGCCAUUUCGCUUAACACUGCUGGUCCUUCCACACCAAGGCCACUUUUUCAUGCUAGGAAACCUUCCUCUACUGUAAAUGUAAAAAUCAUCAAAGCUGAAAUGAAGCGCAACUCAUCUGGAAAGGCAGAAUUUACUUUCAUAUCUCAAAUUUUUGUUGGUGUCACUGAUGCCACUGCAAAUGUUGGCUACAUUUCUAAUGAAAUUCAGAAAAUAUGGAGUCAUGAAUAUGAUUUGGUCACUAAUGAUGGGCUGCCAAUAAUAGACUGUCCAGGAACACAAGGUUUAAAAUUCUGGAAAACUGACAGUAGAAAGAUUUAUGCUGUUAAGUCUGAGAGAACUGGAGUUCUUACCCCUGACAGUGAGGAUGAAAUUGAGCCUCUUAUCAAGAGAAAGAAAGUUGCUUCUAAGGCAAAAUCUUUAACAAGUGAUAUUAAAUCAAUCCGCAAUGAUCUGAAGUUUUUGAUCGAUCAUGUUCCACCUAAUGUGAAAAUUCCAUUGGCAUUGUACAAGAGGGCACUUGAAUCUUUUUCGUGCCAGAUUUGUAAGAGCAUCAUAGUCCCACCUGCCAUCUUUUCCAGAUGCUGCAAGCGUAUUUUGGGGUGUCAAAUCUGUGUCGACACUUGGUACCAGGGAAGUGGAGCACAAAUGCUAAUGAAGAAAUGCCCAUUAUGUCGUUUUGAUAGAGCAUAUACUGAAACUACCACUAUAAGGGGGCUCGAUGAUUUCCUGACAGUACUGAAUGAAAUUAUCACGUUUAUGCCUUAUAAUGAAGAUGAAAAUUUUGCUGGUGGAUCAGGCUCUGGUGAUGAAAGUUAACUGAUGCAAGCCUGUGUAAGCACUGAUGACAUUUAACUUUAACCCUUGUAUUUAACCCUUCUGUAAUUCUAUUUAACCUCUUCACUUGUUUUCAGUUAUAUUCAAUAAUUUAAUCGUUUAUUUAUCCCAGAAUCAUUGCUAUAUUUA